CAGGCGAGUGUAAUCGAGUGAGGAGCGUGCUAAAUGUGUGCGCAAAGCGAGCAUGAAAUUAAAGUAAAACGCUAAAGCGCAAUGUGCAAGUGAAUUGUAUAAAUAAUAUUGACCCGGCACUGGCACAGGAGCGGACACAAUCAGUUGACGCCAUUCGCUGCGUGAGUGAGUCAUUAGCAAACACAAGAAUCACUGUUAUUUCAUAACAUUUCCCGGAAUAUCAAGUCUCAACAGCAACAACAACAAGAAAAAGAGAGAGAGAGAAUACAAGCACGUGCCACUAAUUACCCACAAUCUGCAGCCGUCAUUCGUUGCCAAUUGACCCAAACAGAGUACCGCAAGCAAGCCAGCAAGUAAGCGACAGCAAGUGCUCGUGUAACUUGAGACAAUAUAAAAAUGCCCGCAGUCACAAAUUUAGCCACGUACGAAGAGAUUUUGGCAUUGGCCAAAUCGACGUAUCAUGAUCUCUUUGGCGGCGAUCCAGAAGUGGCUUGCUGUGCGCCGGGACGUGUUAAUUUGAUUGGCGAACAUAUUGACUACAAUGAUGGCUUCGUCCUGCCGAUGGCGCUGCCCAUGGUGACACUGGUUGUUGGCGGCCGUCGCACGGACAACAAAGCCUCGGUCUUUACACACUGUGGUGGCUGUGAUGAUCCAAAGCAAGUGGAAUUCUCAUUAUUGGAGCUGAAACCCGAAUUGCCAAAAUGGGCGAACUACGUGAAAGGUGUGAUUCACAAUUUUGCUGUUGAAACGAAACUAGAAGGUCAGUUGCCUGGCUUCAAUGCCGUGUUCGCCUCCAAUGUGCCAGUCGGUGGCGGCUUGUCUUCCAGCGCAGCAGUCGAGGUGGCAACUUUGACUUUUAUGGAGGAGUUGACUGGCAAACAACUUGAAAACAACAAGAAACGUGCUUUAGUAUGUCAAGCUGCUGAACAUAAAUUUGCUGGUAUGCCUUGUGGUAUAAUGGACCAAAUGAUAUCCGUUGCUGGUCAAAAGGAUAAUGCGCUGUUGUUGGAUUGUCGCUCACUGGAAACAUUCCAAAUACCAUUUCUUGGCGGCGCACAAGAUUUGGUGGUUUUAAUUUGCAAUUCAGGUGUACGCCACGAAUUAUCGCAGAGUGAAUAUCCGACAAGACGCAAACAAUGCGGCCAGGCACUUGAGCUAAUGGAGAAGGCGAGCUAUAGAGAUGCCAAAGUGGAGAAUUUGUCAGUGUUAGAGUCAGAUCCGCUUUUAUUGCGUCGCGCCCGACAUGUCAUAACGGAAACGAAACGUACACAAGACGCGGCUGAAGCCUUAAAGGCACAAGACUACACAAAGAUGGGCGCACUAAUGAAAGCGUCACAUACAUCACUACGUGACGAUUUCGAAGUAUCCUGCCGCGAAUUGGACGUCCUGGUCGAUGCGGCCAUUAAUUGUUCCGGUGUUUUGGGAUCACGUAUGACCGGCGGUGGCUUUGGCGGCUGCACCGUUACGCUGCUGCAACGCGCUGCGGUCGACAAUGUGAUUGCGACGAUGCGUACAAAUUUCACUAAAGAAUUCAAUAAAGACACCGCUGACCGCUUGGAAUUCUACAUGUGCGUACCCAGCAAUGGGGCGCGACGUGUCGAUUUGUGAGGCGAAUGAAAUAAGCAUUACCGUGAGCGAAAAAACUGUAAAUAAAUGCGCAAAGCUAAGGGAAAACGUAAACGUAUACGUUAAAGUAAACGACGGAAAGCGUAGAUAUUAAUAAAAUAAAAUACAAAAUACUUGUACAAAGCGAGAAA